AUGCUUGAGCGCAGUGCAGAGAUGGUGGUGCUGUGGGGCAGCGUGGAGGCUAUGGUGCCGGGCGGCAGUGCUGUCUCUGUGGUGCUGUGGGGCAGUGCAGAGGCCAUAGUGCCAGGCGGCAGUGCUGCCUCUGUGGUGCUGUGGGGCAGUGCGGAGGCCAUGGUGCCGGGCGGCAGUGCUGUCUCUGUGGUGCUGUGGGGCAGUGCAGAGGCCAUGGUGCCGGGCGGCACUGCUGUCUCUGUGGUGCUGUGGGGCAGCGCGGAGGCCAUGGUGCCAGGUGGCAGUGCUGUCUGUACUGCUUUGGGGCAGUGCGGAGGCCAUGGUGCUAGCAGGGUGCGGCUCCCUGCCAGGCGCGGGUGGGCAGGGCAGGGCAGCCAGUGCCCCAGGAGCGCGCCCCGUCCGCCUGCCCCCGGGGAUGUGGCAGCCCUGGGGCCAGGCCGCCCGCUGUCACGGCCCGGGCCGCCCGAACUACGUUUCCCACAGGCCCUUGCGCGGGAAAGCGGCUUCCCCGGUGCGUCCCCGGGGCCGUGCGGAGGCGGGCGCCCGGCCUGGCUGCGGAGCGGGCCCAGGUGCUGCCGGUUUCGCCGAGAUGCCUGUGACUCUUGGAGGCUGAGUGGGCUGUUUGGCCAAAGGGCAGAGGCCCUCUCCAUCAUGCAGGAGAAUGACCAGACUCCGCUCUCACAGGGAUUUGUGAUCUCCUGGAUGGAGCAAGAGGAAGAGCUGCAGGUCCUGGAUCCCCAGGACUUGGAGAAAACAGAGAUCCCAAGGUUCACAGCAGUAAAUGGGGUUUUGGGUGACAAUGUGGUGGAGACACCUGAUCCUGAGGAAACUGAUCUGCAUGGGACACUGCUAGGGGGAGCCAGCGGGGCCCUUCUCCAGAGUCCCAAGAGUGACUGCAAGGUGGGCUGGGAAUGGCAAGGCCCUGCAAGCCAACCCAUCCCCGGUGAAGGAGCUACAGGGGAUCACUACGAUGCUGCUGCCCAGCCAAGAGCCUCCACAGGGGAUAAGCCCUAUAAAUGCAGUGAGUGUGGGAAGGGCUUCAGCCAGAGCUCUGACCUCAUCCGGCACCUGCGCACCCACACCGGCGAGCGCCCCUACAAGUGCCCCGAGUGCGGCAGGGGCUUCAGUGACAGCUCCACCCUGCUCAAGCACCAUCGCGUGCACACGGGCGAGCGCCCCUACAAGUGCACGGAAUGUGGCAAGGGCUUCAUCCUCAGCUCCUACCUCAUCCAGCACCAGCGGGUGCACAGCAGGGAGAAAGCCCACAAGUGCGCUAGCUGUGGGCGAUGCUUCGGCCAGAGCUCGGAGCUGGUGCAGCACCAGCGCGCCCACCUGGGCGAGCGCCCCUACAAGUGCAGCGAGUGUGGGAAGGGCUUCAGCCAGAGCUCUGACCUCAUCCGGCACCAGCGCACCCACACCGGCGAGCGCCCCUACAAGUGCCCGGACUGCAGCAAGGGUUUUAGCGACAGCUCCACCCUCAUCAAGCACCAGCGCACCCACACCGGCGAGCGCCCCUACAAGUGCACGGCCUGCGGCCGGGGCUUCAGCGAGAGCUCCACCCUCAUCAAGCACCAGCGCACGCACACAGGCGAGCGCCCCUACCUAUGCACCGAGUGCGGCAAGAGCUUCAGCCUCAGCUCCACGCUCUUCAAGCACCAGCGCACGCACACGGGCGAGCGGCCCUACCUGUGCACGGAGUGCGGCAAGAGCUUCAGCCUCAGCUCCAACCUCCUGCAGCACCAGCGCACGCAUGCGGGCGAGCGCCCCUUUGCCUGCAGCCAGUGCGGCAAGCGCUUCACGCAGAGCUCCAACCUGCUGCAGCACCAGCGCACCCACACCGGGGAGCGCCCCUACCAGUGCACCCAGUGCGGCCGCCACUUCAGCCUCAGCUCCAACCUCAUCCAGCACCAGCGCACCCACUUGGGCGAGCGCCCCUACGCCUGUGCCCAGUGCGGCAAGCGCUUCGGCCUCAGCUCCAACCUGCUGCAGCACCAGCGCACCCACACCGGGGAGCGCCCCUUUGCCUGCGCCCAGUGCGGCAAGCGCUUUGGCGACAGCUCCACCCUGAGCAAGCACCGCCGCACCCACGUGGGGCAGUGCCCCUUUGCCAGUGCACGGUGCACUGAGGGUUUUGGGGACAGUGCCACGCUCCUGCAGCACCCGCACACCCACCAGCAUGAGCAGCCCUACCAGUGCACCCAGUGCAGCAAAGCCUUCAGCCGGAGCUCCGGCCUGGCCCAGCACCAGCACACCCACAAAGACUGGCCCCUCUGUGCCAUCGCGCCCUGCCCCUAACCUUGGCCACCAGGCCCCAGGGAGGGAAAUAUGUCCCGAGGCCCUGCAGCCCUCCGGCAGCGCCAUAGCAGCAUGGGACGAACGGCGAGCUCAAGCAGCCCGCCUUGGGCUCAGUGUCGCAGCGACUGUCCCCGUGGGCUGUGUGCCCGUGGGCUGGCAUGCACUGAUCACCUGCAGGCUACCAGCCGUGCACUCCCGGAAGCUGUGCAGGAGCAGAGGGAAGUUCAGACUUCAGCUGUGAGAGAGGCCCGACGUGCAGCAGCACAUCCUGCUCCAUAUGUCAGUGCCCCAACCAGACACAUCCCACUGGGAAAUUGGGUAAGAACCUGUUUGAACGCUCUGGGUCUCAAAGUUCCACUCAUGCACAAACAUUGGCAUUGGCUUACGAGAGAAUGGACAGAGAUCACCUAGUGGAAUGGAGCAUGCAGGGUGAGACUCAUUCCCACUGCCCAGCAAUAACAGGAGAAAACUAAGAAAAAGAAAAUCUUGGCCAAGUACUGAGGGAAAACUUCCACCAGUGAGAUCCGUUAGGCUGGCGCCCCAUCUCUUGAGUUAUUUAAAACUGACCUGGAUAAAAAGAGCUUUCCUUAAAAGUCACACAAAAUUGUCUCUAAGUGCGGGGAAGGAAUUGAGCCAAUCCCACACGGCGCGACUCAGGAUGGGAGCUGCUGUCCAGCUCCAGUGUGAAACCGUUGUAGGGUCAGCAGAGUCGGGAGAGACUAUCGGCCAGUGGCGGGUUUGGUAAGAAUUGGAAAGGAGAGGACCUGCUCAGUGCAUGUGCAGGCAGUGAGGUGACACGACGUGGGCUGGGGGUUUCUGACCCGGAAGUAAAAAUGUGUUCUCUUUAUUCUCAUUCUCUUUCUGUGUCCUUCCCAGACAGUGUGUGGUUCUGUGUGAGAUGUUUCUGUGAGGUCUGAGGUAGAGCUGUUAUCAUGUGCAUGCAGUAAAGAGACUUGAUACAUUUUAAA